GUUCAAAUUUGAAAUUCCCUGUUUCAAUCAUUUUGGAACCGUUUUUUGCUCAAGGAUGUUUUGGUGUAUCUUAAUGAAUGCUAACUCCAUGUAGCACCUAUCAAGAUCUGAACAUUCUUGGGCAUUAAUGAAAAUUGUCCAGGAAUGUUAACUGUUACAUUUUAGCAGUUGUAAGUCAUGCAUUGAUAUUAACAUGGCAGAGGUACACUGAAUAAAUGUUAAUGAUAGUUGGCUGUGUUAUUCUCUCAUGCACACUUAACAAUUUUGUUUGCACUGAAAUGAGAAUAGGAAAAGUUUGUGCCAUUAAAUAUGUAGGAUACACGAAGAAAUACUCUUUCUAAAUCUUGAAAAGGACUCUCUUCAUCAUUCAUUAUCUAGCAGGUCAUUUAUUGCUACAAUCUUAAUUACAUCCUGUUAUUUUUAUUACCAGCAGUAUCAUAAAUGGGGAGGCUGGCUCUCUUUAGUAAAGCAAAAUCAGCAUAGGAAUCCUUAGUCCACUAUUAACCCAUGUUCAUGUAUUUUAAUUGUGUUAUAAAAGAUUCAAUAUGAAUUCCAGGUGCUGGAGAAACUAUCUACUCUGAGAAUGAUCUACUCUGCAUGCUGGAACAUGUUUGUCAAAAAGAGUGGGAUAGAGUGGUUGAGUGCUAUCAUUCGGCUUGCAAUUUUUUUUCCUUUGCUAAAUUUAGCCAGAGAGGAUCAAGUAAACUAGGAUUGUUAAUGAUCCUCUGGUUUGAGAGGAGGUGGAAACUUCACAAGCUUUCCCAUGUAGCAAAUGUCUGUACCUCAGUGGUACAGCAAGUACUUUGCGUAGACAAGGUUUUAGAUUCAGUCUCCAUGUUUUGGAAAACACGCCACAAUACCAUAUAAAUUUCUUGAUCUCUUUGUGUAGGGCACUAUUCUGUCAUAUAGGAACAGCGCUACUGUAUUAACUAAUUACUAAAGGUUUGGAAAAGAUGUCGCUGUCCAGAUCCAGCCGAAAUGGUCUCUGCACUCUUCAGAGAACAUACUGGUUAAGAGAAAUGACUUGGAGAACCUACCCACCCACUUGCUGGGUCAGGCUCCCCUUCUGUGCCCAUAGCACUUGGAACGCUGCUGGAAGCAGGAGGCGCAGGCUUAUGGUAGCAGCAGGGGCAGGUCUGGGUGUAUGCAGCAUCUUGGCUUAUGGAAAUCACUGUUGGCAGGCAACAAAGGCUGAGCCUCCAAUAUCCACACCUGCUCCCUCCUUCCCUCGCUUUACCCGAGAAGAGGUGGCUCGCCAUCAUGACGAAGCUAAUCGGGUGUGGGUGACUUACGGCAGUGAGGUUUUUGAUGUCACCGAUUUCAUAGAGCUGCAUCCUGGGGGCAGAAGUAAGAUUCUUCUGGCAGCAGGUGGUGCUUUGGAACCAUUCUGGGCUCUCUACGCCAUGCACAAACAACAGCACGUUCAGGACAUCCUUCAGGAAUACAAAGUGGGAGAACUGAGCCCAGAAGAGCCUCCUCUGCCAAGCCCAGACGACCCUUAUGCUAACGAUCCUCCAAGACACCCUGCCCUCCGAGUCAAUACCGUCAAGCCCUUCAAUGCAGAACCUCCUCCAGAGUUACUCUCAGAAUAUUUUCUGACUCCCAACCAGCUCUUCUUCAAGCGCAACCAUCUUCCUGUGCCAGUUGUGGACCCUGAAACCUACCGCCUGUGUAUUCGGAGUCCCUCUGGACAGACACUGUCCUUGUCUCUGCAAGACCUGAAACAGAAUUUUCAAAAACAUGAAGUUACAGCCACCCUACAGUGUGCUGGCAAUCGUCGUGCAGAGAUGAACACCAUUCAGAAUACCAACAGGCUCGGGUGGAACAUUGGGGCCAUUAGCAAUGCUUGUUGGGGUGGUGCCCGGCUUCGGGAUGUCCUGAUACAAGCUGGGUAUCAGCCAGGUGAUAAGGGGCAUGUCUGCUUUGAGGGCCUGGACAAGGAUCAUAGUGGCACUGUGUACGGAGCCUCCAUCCCCUUUAAAAAAGCCAUGAGUCCUGACGGGGAUGUCCUGUUGGCUUAUGAGAUGAAUGGGGAGGAGCUGCCUCGGGAUCAUGGGUUCCCACUCAGAGUCAUUGUGCCAGGUGUAGUGGGGGCUCGUAAUGUUAAAUGGCUGGCCCGGAUUACAGUGGGACCAGGGGAAAGCAAGAGUCACUGGCAGCAGAAGGAUUACAAAGGAUUCUCUAGUUCUGUAACGUGGGAGACCGUGGACUUCUCCAAGGCACCUGCCAUUCAAGAGAUGUCCAUCCAGUCUGCCAUUACUGAGCCAACUCCUAAGACCUCUGUCUCCCCUGGGGAGCUCAAGGUGAAAGGCUAUGCCUGGAGUGGUGGGGGGCAAAGGGUGAUCCGUGUAGAUGUUUCGCUGGAUGGUGGAAAAAGCUGGCAAGAGGCAUCACUAACUGGUGAGGAGCAGUUGCCUGGCCGAGCUUGGGCUUGGAAGCUUUGGCAGCUGGACACUUCUGUGCCUGCUGGAACCAAGGAGUUGAACAUUGUCUGCAAGGCUGUGGAUACCAGCUACAAUGUGCAACCUGAGUGCGUGGGGCCAAUCUGGAACAUUUUGGGAGUACUCAACAAUGCUUGGCAUCGGGUACAUAUCCGUGUGGGAGAGGAUUGAGAGGCCUAAAAGCAUGGAGGGCUGUGGAACUUGGCUUCCCUACAUUUGUCUGCUGCUGCCCCUUGAAGAAACCAAGAAGAAGGGUGGGUGCCUUGUAACUUCUGGGCUGCUUUCCUCAUUCUCUGUGCAGCUCCUGAAUGUAGCAGUUUUAGGGCUAGGGUGCUUAUCUUCUUUUUCUAAGGGUGUGGUGGUCUCAGAGGAAAGUGUUGAUGACUCUCCUUCACUUAGCUUUCUCCCUAACAGAGAUCCACUUUCCUUAGGAAUUUUGGAUUGUGGCUUUUAUAGUAUUCAGAAUUUUUUCAGUUGUCAAAAUUACCUACUUGUUUGCUGGCUUUUUUAAUACCUCCUCCGAAGAUAGAUAUUUAUUAAAGGUAUUCGAUCACU